AUGGAGAACAUAAUUGUGUUGACAUGGCUACGCCUUAUCCAUCCUCCUUUACCGGCUCUAGUCAAACAGCGCUAUGGUGCUGAACUUCGAUCACAAACUGUCGCGUCCCUCAAACCUGAAAUUUCCCAAGCACUAGACUCCCUCCUUGACGAAGUUAACUCCGCCAACGAUGCAAAAGUCCUCCGUACUGCUUUCCAACAAUCCCUCAAGCACCCUCAAUCCAGUAGUCGCCGUCAAACCCCUACAGCCCUACCACGGACAUCUAAAACCCCAACAAAAAGUUGCCCCUUGUGUAAACAAGCAGGUCGACAACACCAACACUACCUGAGUAGGUGCCCCUACCUCCCAGUCGAAGACAAGCAAUACCUCUCCCGCUCAAGACAGGUAGUCGGCACAGAACCGGGAGACCCGCUAUCUGAUUGCGAAGUAGAAGACCCACAAGAUUCCCACAACUACCGAAUCAAGACUACCACCACCGAGUUAGUGUUAAGCAGUCACCCCAUCUCCAGGCCUUCUAUGCCCAUCACCCACUACUUUCGACAUUAGACACAGGAGCAGAAACCAGUAUGAUAAAGACCAGCAUUGCCAAUGAAAUUGGAGCUACUAUACAGAAGACUACUCAGAAAGCCCUCCAAGCAGAUGGUAUUACCCAGUUAGCCGUCGUCGGAGAAGUCCAUUUGACUUUGUCCCGUAACCACUUUAAUUUGCAGUUGGAUGCACUUGUCGUUGAUAGUUUGGACGUCGAUGUACUAGCCGGGACUCCUUUCAUGAUCACCAACGACAUCUCCCUCCGGCCAUCCAAGCAAGAACUCACCAUUCAAGGAAGCGAGAACGUGUAUUAUGGCUCCAGACAACCAGCUGGGACCAUAGACUCGGUCCGACGAACACAAUCUACAAUCUAGGCUCGGUCCGACGAACACAAUCUACAUAUGACGAUGUUUUUGAUAAAAAUAUCUCUGGAUACAACGGUGCUGCCGGUCCUUUUGAAGCUGUCGUAAAUAUGGGCCCAGUACAACCACCACAACGCAAAGGCAGACUCCCCCAAUAUGCGCCGAACAAGCUGGUCGAGCUUCAACACAAAUUUGACGAGCUUGAAUCGCUAGGCAUUUUUCAGCCCCCUGAAAACCUUGGCAUAACCGUUGAAUACCUUAAUCCAUCAUUCCUCAUUAAGAAGCCAAGCGGAGGACACCGACUAGUCACUGCCUUUGCUGAUGUUGGUCGGUACAGCAAGCCACAGCCAUCUCUAUUACCCGAUGUCGAUUCUACCCUCCGAACAAUCGCCAAAUGGAAGUACAUCAUCGUAUCCGACCUUACCAGCGCUUUCUAUCAGAUACCACUUGCUAAAGGUUCCAUGAAGUACUGUGGCGUCGUGACUCCAUUCCGCGGCGUUCGAGUCUACACCCGAUCAGCUAUGGGCAUGCCAGGGUCAGAAACAGCUCUCGAGGAGCUCAUGUGUCCCAUACUCGGUGAUUGCCUAGAAGAUGGAAUUGCUGCAAAGCUUUCAGACGACUUGUACUGCGGUGCAGACACACCGGAGGAACUGCUCAUCAACUGGAAGAGGAUCCUAGACGCCCUCCAAAAGUGCAAUAUCAAGCUUUCUCCAUCCAAAACCAUUAUUUGCCCACGCAGUACCACCAUCUUAGGCUGGAUUUGGACACAGGGAUGCCUAUCCGCAAGCACCCACAGAAUUGCUACAAUGUCAUCGUGUCCGCCUCCCGAUACGGUACGGGGUCUUCGCUCUUUUAUAGGAGCCAACAAAGUCCUCGGACGUGUUGUACCACAGUGUGCACACAUCAUUGCACCAUUGGAAAGUGCCAUCGCAGGACAACAAUCAUGUGACAAGAUCAAGUGGUCAGAUACUCUGUCCCAACAAUUCAAGUUCGCUCAAUCCUCCCUGGCGAAUAACAAAUCUAUUACCCUUCCCAAACCAUCCGACAAACUAUGGAUAGUAACCGAUGGCUCUGUAACCAAAAGAGGAAUCGGAGCUACCCUUUACGUAUCACGCCAUCAAACCCUCCUCCUCGCAGGAUUUUUCAGUGCCAAGUUAAGAAAGCAUCAGGUGAACUGGCUGCCAUGUGAGAUUGAAGCAUUAAGCAUCGCUGCCGCCGUGAAGCAUUUUAGCCCUUUCAUAAUCCAAUCACAUCACCCCGCUUGUAUCCUCACAGAUAGCAAGCCAUGUGUUCAAGCCAUCGAUAAACUGCGUCGAGGUGAAUUUUCAGCGAGCCCCCGUGUUACGUCAUUUUUAUCCAUCGUCAGCAGGUACCAAGCGGACAUACACCACCUCGCUGGCUCAGCGAAUGUUCCCUCGGAUUUCGCCAGUCGAAACGCACCAGAGUGCAAUGAACCGAAAUGCCAAAUUUGUAACUUCAUUUCAACCACAGAAGAUUCCGUAGUUCGAUCCACCUCCGUCCAAGACGUACACCACCUCCCCGCUUACCUUUUACAACCCGAUCUGCCUGGAUCCAAAUACAAUCCGAGUGUCCCGACCUACGCAGAACACAUGCUCACCUGAAACAAGGAACACGUCCCUCUAAGAAAUUAACAAAUGUAAAGGAUGUUAAACGUUACCUAAAUUCCCUGUCCAUUGCCAAAGAUGGUUUAUUAGUGGUUCGUAGAACCGAUCCUUUAUCACCCUCCACCGAGUUGAUCGUAGUACCACGCUCCGUACUUGACGGUCUUGUAACAGCCUUACAUAUCAAACUCGACCACCCGUCAAAACACCAACUCCAACUGGUGAUGAGACGCAACUUCUUCGCACUUGACAUGCCAGCUGCCAUCGCUCAUGUGAGUGACACAUGUCACACGUGUGCCUCCCUGAAAAAGCUCCCACCUCAAGUUGUACAGCAUAGCACAGAAGAACCUCCCAAGGUCGUUGGAGUUUCAUUUGCCGCAGAUGUCUUAAAGCGGUGUAAACAAACUAUCAUAGUCGUUCGCGAAACAACGACAUCCUUUACCGCAACGUCUAUUAUCCACGACGAGAAAGCCAACACACUUCGUGAUGCUCUAGCUAAGUUAUGCAGCGAGCUGCACCCCCUGGAAGGUCCACCGGCCAUCAUCAGAGUCGACCCCGCCCCUGGUUUUGUUGCACUGCGAACCGACCCAACCCUUAAACGCCUCGGCUUAUCCCUAGAGAUCGGACGCGUUAAAAACACUAAUAAAAACCCAGUGGCAGAGAAGGCCAUCGCUGAACUCGAAGAAGAAAUCCUCCGCCAAGCACCCAAUGGUGGUCCAAUAUCGACUGUUACCCUUGCCAUCGCAACAUCUCGACUAAAUUCCCGCCUCCGGAGAGAAGGACUCUCGGCUCGCGAGCUGUGGACACAGCGAGAUCAGUUCACUCAUGAUCAACUUCCCAUAUGUGAUCGCAAAGUAAUCCAAGAGCAACAUCUACAACGAAAACAAAACCACCCGUAUAGUGAGAAAUCGAAAAACCGAAAUAGGAAUUCGUUUGCACCUCCUACAAUUAACGUCGGGGACUUGGUUUAUUUAGUCGCUGAGCGAGAUAAGACACAACCCCGCAGUAGAUACUUGGUCAUAUCUGUGGAAGACCCAUGGUGUGUCAUCAAGAAAUUUUCAGGUAAUCAACUGCGUGCUACAUCGUAUAAAGUUAAAACUACUGAUUGCUUGAUCGUCCCAAACCGGUCAAUAUCGAGUACACCGUAUCCCCAUCGUGACAGGGACAGUUCCGAUGAAGAAGUGUGUGAAGAAUGCCCAUAUCAGACAAGUAACGUUCCGCCCACGUUAACAACUCCAGCCGACAACAGCAUCUCGCCAACCACUACUCAGCGCCCUCAACGCAAACGCCAGUCUCCAGAUUAUUAUGGAUAUUAG